AUGGUGCAGACUAUCAUUCCGAUCGUCUCCCAGCGGACCCCUCCUCAUGCAACCCGGCCUUCGCAGCGACGGGAGACCCCCGUCCGGACUCACGUACCACUUCCCGAGCUUCCUAGCUCACCUCGAAACCCGAUAACUCGGCCCGGGAGUCGGGAAGCAGAAGACACGGCGAGCCGCCCCGAGCCCGAGGCUCCGACCGCCGACUCAACAAAUGCCCUACUAGCUCAGUUGCGCCUCGUCGGUCAAAGACUCGACGAAGUACAACAGGAAGUUCGUAAGUCAAGAGGAGAGCUCGGGGUGGACGGACAGCAAGGAUCCCUGUUCACCCCCGAGAUACAAGACCAGGCAAUCCCCCCACACUUCCGCCUUCCCUCGCUGGAUGCGUAUGACGGCGCCGUUGACCCAGCAGACCACGUAGCCGCUUUUCGCGCCCAGAUGGUGCUAUACGGGACUUCUGACGCCUUAAUGUGCAGGGCAUUUCCAACAACUCUACGGGGGCCGGCCCGCGCGUGGUACAGCAGCCUGAAGGCCGGGACCGUCGCCUCCUUCGAUCAACUCGCCAAGGAUUUCGAGCUUAACUUCCUGGCUUAUGCCCGACCAAAGUCGUCCGUGGCGUUGCUCCUAGGGCUCAACCAGAGGGAGGACGAGCCCCUCUCCCAUUUUGUGAACCGCUUUAUGACACAAAUCCGCGGAUUGUCGGAUGCUCACCCCUCUCUCUUAAUGCAGGCAUUCAUGACAGGCCUGCGGCCCUCCAGGUUCUUCUGGUCUCUCUUGGAGCGGCCCCCCGCAGCGGUCCCCGAGAUGCUUCAGCGUGCUAGUCAGUUCAUCGUUGCGGAGACUUGGAUGGCUGGGAAGCGGGAGGAGCACAAAAAUGUCAAGUCGGAGCCACCCCGACAGCAACAACCCGCCUCCUCCCGGCGAAAGUUGGACAGAUCCGACCCAAGGCCUCCUCUCCCCGCCUUGAAUUCGUCCCGAACCGAAAUAUUCCUUCACGAGAAGGGGAAGGGGCUACUCAAGGACCCUCACCCGAUGAGGAACCCGCGGGAACUCGCAGACCGUUCAAAGUAUUGCCGAUUCCAUCGGCAGCACGGGCACGACACUGAGCAGUGUCGCGAGUUGAAGAGGCAAAUUGAGGAGCUCAUCCUCAGAGGUCACCUCGGCCAAUAUCUCCGGCCGAACAAAGAGCUGUCACCUCGCCCGGAGGGCCCCAUCGAGCGACACAUCGAUGUGAUAGCCGGUGGCCCCGCAUCAGGGGGAGGCUCCAUGUCGGGUAGGAAGGCGUAUGCCCGAGCCGCUCCAGAUGAAGCCUCGGGACACGAGCCCGAGCCCGAGAUAACCUUCCCGACCGGAGCGUCCGAGCGACCCGACCACGACGACACCCUUGUGAUAUCAGCCAGGGUAGCCAACGCGCAGGUGAGAAGGAUCAUGGUCGACACGGGGAGCUCGGUCGAUAUACUUUACAUCGACGCCUUCCAGAAGCUUGGCUUGGCUAGGGAGAAUCUGAGCCCAAUGUGCUCGGUGCUCACCGGGUUCACAAGAGAUUCGAUAUCGCCCCUGGGGGCUAUUACUCUGCCCCUGACCCUAGGGGCCCCACCGAGGUCGAAGACGGUGAUGACCACCUUCCUGGUGGUCGACCUUCCCACUGCUUACAACGCCAUACUCGGUCGGCCGACCCUCAACAAGGUCAGAGUCGUCGUCUCAACCUACUACCAAACCAUCAAGUUCCCGACUCACGCUGGAGUCGGUGAAGUUACGGGAAGCCCCCGAGAGUCGAAGCGGUGCUACCUGACCGCCGUUUCUUUACGCAAGAGGGCCAGGACCGAGCCACCACUAGAAGAUCCGCGGGAAACAAAGAAACUGGCCCCUCAUCCUGAGCCAAGGGGAUCCACCAUUGACAUACCUCUGCGAGAGGCUCGGUCGGACCAGACGGUGAAGAUCGGUUCAGAACUGCCCGAGCAAGAAUGA